AUGUCAUACGGCCCCCAACUACCCGCCUGGCUCACCCAGAAUCAAGAAAAAUACGCCGGCGCCAGCUACGGACCAUCGAUUCCAUCAAAUUUCCGUCAAAACUAUGGUCCAGCUCUUCCGGGAGCCUCAGGAGCCGCCCAAGACGAUUCUGACGAUGAAAUUGGUCCAAUGCCAGUGGCUGCCGGAGACGAGGACAAGGAAGCGAUGGCGAGAGCCUACAGGAUGGUGAUGCAGAAAGAGCAAGAGGAUGAGGAAAAGAAUUCGCAACCAAAACGAGAGGAAUGGAUGACAUCCGUCCCAAAAAAACUCGGAAAUUUCGGACUUGGUGCGCGGACAUUCAAAAAAGGAACAGCUUCAGAGAGGGAUUCGACGUGGGAAGAUGCUCCGGGAGCAAAAAAGAAGCGGCGGGAGGAGAUGAAGACGGCGAAAUCGGUGGGAGCGGCGAUGGCCGAUGCUCGGCAAGAGGCGAUUGUUGUUGGAAAGAUACAGGGACCGUCGUUGUUGGAGUUACAUCAGAAGCAGCGAGAGGAGAAGGUUACGGAUGCGGGCUACACACCCGGCGAACGUCGUCCAUUCGAUCGUGAGAAGGACAUGGAAGUACGUGGAUUGAAGCCUGGAGGAAGCAAGGAUGCAGUGGAGAAGAUGAAAGAGCUGCAGGGACGAUUCGCCAAUAGCAAGGAGAAGAAGUUCUUGUGA